AUGGAUGAAGCGGGCGUCGUCAUCACACAGCCCCUCGAGGCUGCGGAUCCGGUGGAGCGAGGAACUAAAGAGAUUUCCUUGAUCGAACCAUUCCCCGAAUCUGUCCUGAAUGAACAAGCUGGGAAGAUGUUGCUUGAAAACUACGAGGAGUAUGCAUGCCUUGCAAGCCUGUACACCGGCAUUCAUGCACAUAAGCAAAAGAAUAAGUCCAAGAACGGAGCCAUUUAUGAGUCAACAACAGCUCUAAACAUGGGUCAGGGCAAUAGCACUGUUCCGAGCAAGAACAUACCAUCGGGGCCAGCACAAGUAUCCACCUCCACCUCAACCAAAGUUCUCGGCAUACAGGAUCAGAAUGCAGCUCCUUCUGGUCCUUCUGUAGGUUCAUCAGCGAAACACAGAAAGGAUGGGCCGCUUGCCGUCAAAAUCCCAGCUGAGAAGAAGAAGAUGGAAGCCAGGAAGAAGAGCCUGAAGAGGCUGUUGUUGGUAUUUGAUCUAAGGCCCAACGGGCUCUAGAGAA